AUGGCGAUGGCGGCGCAGUGCGGCGAGGGCAAGGCGGCGGACUGCAAGAAGACGCCAUGGACGGAGAAGGAGGACAAGGCGCUGCGGCGGGCGGUGCGGGAGCACGGGCGGCAGAACUGGACGGCCAUCGCGGGCGCGGUGGUCGGGCGCGGCGCCAAGUCGUGCCGGCUGCGGUGGUGCCAGCACCUGGCGCCGGAGCUGGAUAGCCGCCCCUUCACGCCCGAGGAGGACGCGCGCAUCGUCGAGCUGCAGCGCGUGCACGGCAACAAGUGGGCCACUAUCGCGCGCUUCCUCCACGGCCGGUCCGACAACGCCGUCAAGAACCAUUGGAACUCCGCGAUCCAAACAACCACUAACUAUGUAUAUAUCAAUUUAACCGUGGGCCACCUAUAG